ACACACCCGACCAGGUCUCUCUCACUCUCGCUGGUUUGCCUGCGCCUGUCGCCCUGCUGGUUCCACCUGGCACGGGACCGGCUAGCCUGUGGCCACCGCAGGGAGGCAAAGUUGGGCAAACAGGUGGGGAGACCAGAGCUCAAGCCUCGGGUCCCCUCCCCGCCCCUGAUGCCAGGCGGAAGCCCAGGCCCUAGCUCCUGUCGUCUGCCCAGAGGCCACCCAGCCUCCUAGACAGAUGCUGGACAUGGAGGAGCUGACCAUCUGGGAACAGCACACAGCCACGAUCAGCAAGGACCCCCGCCGAGGCUUCGGCAUUGCAAUAUCUGGUGGCCGAGACCGGCCCAGUGGAUCAGUGGUUGUGUCCGAUGUGGUGCCUGGAGGACCAGCUGAGGGCCGGCUACAGACAGGGGACCACAUCGUCAUGGUGAAUGGAGUCUCCAUGGAGAGUGUCACGUCCACCUUCGCCAUUCAGAUACUCAAGACCUGCACAAAAGUGGCCAACAUUACAGUCAAGCGUCCCCGGAAAGUCCAGCUGCCCAUCACCAAGGCCACCUCUGGCCUGGGACACCAGGACUCGGAUGAGGAAGAUGGGCCGCGGCGGCUGGACGAGGCUGACCACGGCCAGGGCUACGAGGGUGACACGUCCAGCGGCUCUGGCCACUCCUGGGGCGAGCGCUCCCGCCGGCCAAGGACAGGUCGCCGGAGCCGGGCCGGCAGCCAUGGGCGCAGGAGCCCAGGCGGUGGCUCCGAAGCCAACGGGCUGGCCCUAGUGUCUGGCUUCAAGCGGCUGCCGCGGCAGGAUGUGCAGAUGAGGCCCGUGAAGUCCGUGCUGGUGCGGAGGAGAGACAGUGACGAUUUCGGGGUCAAACUGGGCAGUCAGAUCUUCAUCAAGCACAUUACAGAAUCAGGCCUGGCUGCCCGGAAUAGCAGGCUCCAGGAAGGAGACCUCAUCCUACAGAUCAACGGGGUGUCCAGUGAGAAUCUGUCACUGAGUGACACACGGCAACUGAUCGAGAAGUCGGAAGGGAAACUGACUCUGCUGGUGCUCAGGGACCGAGGCCAGUUCCUGGUGAAUAUCCCUCCGGCCGUCAGCGACAGCGACAGCUCCCUUCUGGAGGACAUCUCAGACCUCGGGUCAGAACUGUCUCAGGCGCCACCAUCCCAUGUACCACCGCCACCCCAGCAUAGGCAGCGGAGUGCGGACGCCAGCCGAACCAGCUCCCCCAUGGAGAGCCCCCAGCUUCGGCAGGAAAGUUCAGUGGAUUCUAGGACUGCGUCAGAACCAGACUCCCCGAGGCAAAGGAGCUGUGACGUCCACAGCGUGCCCAGCGGUCAGAGCGUGGAGGACCACGGGUACAGCCCCGCCUCGCGGGUGGUCCGCUUCCUCAAGGGCGCAAACAUUGGGCUGCGGCUGGCCGGAGGCAAUGACGUGGGCAUCUUUGUGUCCCGGGUGCAGGCGGGCAGCCCGGCUGACGGGCAGGGCAUCCAGGAGGGGGAUGAGAUUCUGCAGGUGAAUGAUACUCCAUUCCAGAACCUGACCCGGGAGGAGGCUGUGCAGUUCCUGCUGGAGCUGCCCCCGGGCGAGGAGGUGGAGCUGGUGACGCAGCGGAAGCAGGACAGUGAGUUCUUCCGGAAGAUGGUGCAGUCCCGCGUGGGCGACUCCUUCUACAUCCGCAUGCACUUUGAGAUGGAGCCCAGCCCGCCGUCUGGCCUGGGCUUCACCCGCGGAGACGUCUUCCACGUGCUGGACACGCUGUACCCCGGCCCUGGGCAGAGCCAUGCUCGCGGAGGCCACUGGCUGGCGGUGCGCAUGGGGCGUGACCUCCGGGAGAAAGAGCGGGGCAUCAUCCCCAACCAGAGCAGGGCGGAGCAGCUGGCCAGUCUGGAGGCUGCCCAGCGGGCCGUGGGGGUCGGGCCCGGAGCCUCAGCGGGCUCCAGCACACGGGCCGAGUUCUGGCGGCUGCGGGGUCUUCGUCGGGGAGCCAAGAAGACCACCCAUCGGAGCCGCGAGGAUCUGUCGGCUCUGACCAGACAGGGUCAUUACCCGCCAUAUGAACGCGUGGUGCUGCGAGAAGCCAGUUUCAAGCGCCCAGUGGUGAUCCUGGGACCCGUGGCUGACAUUGCUAUGCAGAAGUUGACUGCUGAGAUGCCUGAAGAGUUUGAAAUUGCAGAGAGCGUGUCAAGGACCGACAGCGCCUCCAAGAUCAUCAAACUGGACACCGUGCGGGUGAUUGCAGAGAAAGACAAACACGCACUCCUGGACGUGACACCUUCAGCCAUUGAGCGCCUUAACUACGUGCAGUACUACCCAAUCGUGGUCUUCUGUGUCCCCGAGAGCCGGACAGCUCUCAAGGCACUGCGCCAAUGGCUGGCCCCCACCUCCCACCGCAACUCCCGCCGCCUCUACGCUCAGGCCCAGAAGCUGAGGAAGCACAGUGAUCACCUCUUCACAGCCACCAUCCCCCUGCAGGGCACAAGCGACUCCUGGUACCAAGAGCUCAAGGCCAUCAUCCGCGAGCAGCAGACGCGGCCCAUCUGGACGGCCGAGGACCAGAUCAGGGAGGGCCGGGGCUCGGCUCAGCCAGGCCAUGUGCACCCGCAGCUGGACAGCUCCUCAGAGGACAACCUGGACCUCCCUCAUCGCAGCCUGGCUGACAGCUCCGCGGAUCUGAGCUGUGACAGCCGGCUCAACAGUGACUAUGAGACAGACGGUGAGGGCGGCGUCUACACGGACGGCGAGGGCUACACGGAUGGCGAGGGUGGGCCCCACACGGACGUGGACGAGGGGCCCCUGGCGCCAGCCCUGGCCCGGUCCUCGGAGCCCGUGCUGGAGGAUGAGCCUCGGAUCCUGCAAGAUCACGGUAGAUCCUCGGGUCACCGGGGGACCCAGGUGGAUGGCCGCCACCCACAGGGUCAAUGGCGACAGGACAGCAUGCGGACCUAUGAGCGGGAUGCUCUGAGGAAAAAGUUUACACGAGCCCGAGAUGUGGAGUCCUCUGACGAAGAUGGCUAUGACUGGGGACCGGCCACUGACCUGUGACCCCUCCCAGGUGGCCAGCUGGCCUGUCCUCCCUUUUUCUCCCUGGAGCUGAGACUCAGCUUCCCACACAGAACCUGGAAACCUGCCUCCCUCUGCCCGGUCUUUAAUAAAUGGAGUUAUUUUCACA